GUUCAGUUCAGUCAAGUCCAGUCCAGUCCAAACCGGUCCAGGCCAGUCCAGUCCACUCCAGUCGUGUUCAGGCCAGUCGAAUCCAGUCCACUGCACUCCAUUGCAGUCCAGUACACUCCAGUCCAGUCCAGUCCAUUCCAGUCCAUUCCAGUCCAGUGCAGUUUAGAACAUUCUAGGCCUGUCCAGCCCAGUCCAGUCCAGUCCGGUCCUGUCCAGUCUAGUCCCGUCCAGUCCAGUCCAGUCACGUCCAUUCCAAUGCAGUCCAGUCCAAUCCAUUCCAGUACAGUCCACGCCGUCCUGUCGAGUCCAGGUUUGUUCAUUCUAGUCCAUUCCAAUUUAGUCCAGUUCCGUCCAGUGCAGUCCAGCCAAGUCCAAUCCACGCCAUUCCAGUCUAAUCCAGUCCAGUUCAGCCCAGUCCAGUCAAGUCCAGUCCAGUCCAGUCCAGUCUAUUCCGGUCCAGUUCAGCCCAGUCCAGUCCAGUCCGAUCCAGUCCAGUCCAGUCCAGUCCAGUCCCGUUCAGUCUCAUCCAGUCCAGUCCAGUCCAGUCCGGUCCCGGGCAUUCCAGUCAAGUGCGGUAAAGUGCAGUCCAGUUCAGUCCAGUCCAGUCCAUCCAGUCCAACCCAUCCAGGCCUGUCCAGUCCAUUCCAGUCCAACCCUGUCCAGUCCAGUCCAGUCCAGUUCAGUCCAGUCCAGUCCAGUCCAGUCCAGUCCAGUCAAGUCCAUUCCAGUCCAAUCCCGUACAGUCCAGACCAGUCCAGUCCAGUCCGGUCCCGGGCAGUCCAGUCCAGUCCAGUCCAGUCCAAUACAUUCCAGUACAUUCCACUCCAGUCCAGUCGAGUCCUGUCCAGUCCAGUCCAGUCCAGUCCAGUCCAGUCCAGUCCAGUGCAGUCCAUUCGGGUGCAGUCCUGUCCAGUCCAGUUCAGUCCAGUCCGGUACGGUCCAUUUCAGUUUUGUCCAGUCCAUUGCAGUCCAGCCAAGUCCAAUCCAAUCAAUUACAGUCUAAUCCAGUCCAGUUUCGCUAUGUCCAGUCCAGUCCGGUCCAGUCCAGUCCAGUCUAGUCCAGGCCAGUCCAGUCCAAUUUUGUCCAGUCCACUCGAGUCCAGUCCAGUUCAAUCCAGUCCGGUCCCGGCCAGUCCAGUCCAGUCCAGCUAA